AUGAAUUUUGAAAUCCCAAAAGAACUAACUGCUUACAUUGCGGAAAUCGAUUGCUUCGUGAAGAAGAAGAUUCUGCCAUUGCAGCAUACAGACGACAACAAUCGAUUCUUCGAUCACCGACGCGAGCACUCCCGCACGGAUUGGAUUCACAAUGGCAACCCAAAGCCCGAAUGGGAAGAUUUAUUGAACCAGGCCCGGAUUCUUGCCGAUGAGGCUGGCUUUUUCCGUUUUGCACUACCCAAGCAGUACGGGGGACAGGAGCACCCGGACACUAACCUAUGGAUGUCGGCAAUUCGCUUUCAUUUUGCCUCGCAUCCAGUAUACGGGGGUGGCCUUGGCCUCGCGAAUGACCUGCAGAAUGAACACAGCAUUGUCGGUAACUUUCCAGAUGUUCUAAUGCUACAUCACUUCGGGAGCCCUGAACAGCGCAGUACGUUCAUCCCGGCUCGUCUGCGUGGAGAGUUUCGAUCAACGUUCGGUCUUACUGAACCGGAUCACGGAAGUGACGCGACAUUCAUGACGACGACCGCUUGUCGCCAACGAGACGGAUUUGAAAUCAGCGGAGCCAAGAAGUGGCAGACGGGUGCCCACCACUGCACACACUUUCUGGUCUUUGCGAGAACUUCCGGCCAGCCGGGCUCAUCCAAAGGUAUCACUGCGUUUCUCGUGCCUCGUGAUACCCCCGGUGUCAGGCUUGCCAGCUAUGAGUGGACUUUGAAUAUGCCCACAGACCAUGCCACUGUCGAGUUUGAGCGGGUGUGGGUCCCUGCAUCAAGUGUGCUGGGUUCCAUCGACCAGGGACUGGCGAUUGCGCAGACCUUUGUGCAUGAGAACCGUAUACGCCAAGCGGCGAGUUCAUGCGGUGCUGCCAAAUUCUGUCUCGAUCGCAGCAUCGAGCGUGCGCGUUCUCGCAAGAUCUGGGGCGAAGGCAAGAUGUUAGCUGACAAUCAGGCCAUUCAGUUCCCUGUGGUGGAAUUGAUGACGCAAGUUGAGAUGCUGCGGCUGCUCAUUUUGAAGACCAGCUGCGAUAUGGACCGCAUUGUGGCCGCUAGUAAAGCAGGCGAUAUUUCCCAGCCGCCAUGGGUCGCGAUCGAGCGUCAACUCAGCGACAAAGUGGCCAUGUGUAAUUUUUGGGCCAAUCGACUAUGUUGUCAGGCUGCCGACCGAGCGAUUCAGAUUCAUGGUGGCGACGGUUAUUCUCGUCACUUCCCAUUUGAACACAUAUAUCGUCACUUUCGGCGAUACCGCAUCACUGAGGGUGCCGAGGAAAUUCAAAUGCGGAAAAUCGCGGCUUAUCUCUUUGGAUUCAUCGAGCCGAAGGGGGACCUGAAGACCCGGCCUGCUUUAAAGGCGCACAUCUAA